GGACUCCCCCAGGGGAGGCGGUGGGGCUUGUUUUCUCCCUCUGGCAGGGCUCUCUGUUCGUCCGCCGCAGGGAAGAGAGGGCAGAGGGAGGGACAGAGGAACGAUGGCUGCCGGAGGAGCAGGAUGCGGGGAUACGGUAGAGGAAUAUCGGGCCGAGGUGGAGCGCCUGACCCGGGAGCUGGCGGAGGCCAACCGCGAGAAGAUACGGGCGGCGGAGUGCGGACUGGCGGUUCUGGAGGAGAACCAGAGCCUGAAGCAGCAGUACGCCGACCUGGAGGCCGAGCAGGAGGCGCUAAGGGUGGAGCUGGAGCAGCUGCAGGAGGUGGGGUCAGCAGGGGCAUUCGGCCAGGCAUACUCCACCCAGCGUAAGGUCGCAGAGGACGGGGAGAACAAUGAGGAGACACUGUUGCAGGAGUCUGCCACCAAGGAGGCCUACUUUAGGGGCCGUCUCCUGGAGCUCCAGUUGGAACUGAAUCACAGUCGAGUGGCUGCCUCCAGCGCACAGGCUGACAGCGAGCACCUGAGCAGCCUGCUGCAGGAGCUCAGGGAGCAGAGCAAUGAGAUGUUGGAGCUACAGCGGACCCGAAUGCGAGAGGAGAUCAGAGAAUACAAAUUCAGAGAGUCACGGCUUCUCCAGGACUACACCGAGCUGGAGGAGGAGAACAUCUCUCUGCAGAAACUGGUGUCAACCCUUAAACAGAGUCAGGUGGAGUAUGAAGGCCUGAAACAUGAGAUCAAAGUUCUGGAGGAGGAGACAGAGCUGCUGAACAGCCAGUUACAGGAUGCACUGCGUUUGAAGGACAUCUCAGACGCCCAGCUGGAGGAGGCGCUGGAGUCUCUGAAGAGUGAGCGCGAGCAGAAGAACCACCUGCGAAGAGAACUUGUGCACCACCUCAGCAUGUGUGAUGUGGCCUACACUGGAAGUGCAAAUCUAAUAUUCUCCUCAGCACCGCCCAGUGGCACUGCUACCCCAACUACUCUGCUCUCCCCAAACACAGAGGAGCCAACAAGAUGUAACGGUCACCUUCAGAGUGGCUCAGGACCAGUGAUGGCUGUGGGCUCAGCGCUCAGGUCUAACGGAGAGUGCAGAAGGCAGUGUCUGAAAACUGAGGGGGCCGCCACAUCAGACCUCCUUACUGAGAUGAACCUGACAGAGAUUCAGAAGCUCAAGCAGCAGCUGAUAGCGGUUGAACGUGAGAAAGCAGCACUGAUGACGAGCCUGCAGGAGUCCCAGACUCAGCUGCAGCACACCCAGGGGGCCCUGACCGAGCAGCACGAGAAGACCCUCCGCCUGAGCCAGAAAGUCUCUGCUCUCCGCUGUCUUCAUCGAAGGGUCAGCCAGGAGGCUUGUAGCAGUCCCACCUCUCAACUCAACUGUGAAAGUCUGCUGGUGCUGGAUAGAGACGAUGAGGCUGAGGAGGAAGGAGAAACUGCAGAGGAGAAGAGUAAAAGUCUGGUAUUUUCAUACCAAACUCCCAGUCUGGAGAUCUUGCAAUGCAAGUACCGUGUGGCUGUGACAGAGGUGGUGGAGCUCAAGGCAGAGUUAAAAGUGCUCCAUGAGAAGCUUGCUCAGUGUGUGGAGGGAGCAGUGGAGGAGAAGCCAAGGCAAAGCAGUCAGCUCCAGAAGCUGGAGAGGCAGGUUGCCUCUCUGGAAAAGAACUGCCGAGAGGGACGGGAUAAGAUUUGUAGCCUGGAGUUUGAAUUGCAGGCUGUUCAGUCAGCAGCCAAUGAGAGCCAAGGGGCAUUGAACGCAGCUCAGGAUGAGCUGGUAACCCUGAGUGAGGAGCUCGCCCAGCUCUACCACCAUGUCUGCCUGUGCAACGAUGAGACGCCCAACCGUGUCAUGCUGGAUUACUACAGACAAGGCAGGGGCCUCAGGGGCCUUAGUUCUAGUCUCAAAGCCAUGUGUACAGACAACAGCAAAGUUCUUCUCACACCACGCCUAGCCAGACGGCUUGCUGCUGUUGCUUCAACAACCUCAACUCCAGGGGAGUCGUGGACGCCCUCGGAGUCUCCAUCCAAAGAGCCCUUACAUGGAGGGAGCCGAAGAGUGGAGAAAGAGGUCCUUCAGGUGCCAUCUGAGCAGAGCCUGCCACCUAGCACACCUCCAACCCGCUCACCUAGCAUCAGUGCCUCUUCAUCAUCAUCAUCGUCUUCAUCGCCAGCCAUGGAGCCAGCUAGUGAGCUGCGCAGGGAGCCCAUGAACAUCUACAACCUCAGCGCCAUCAUCAGAGACCAGGUGAAACACCUACAGCGGGCAGUGGACAGGUCACUGCAGCUGUCCAAACAGAGGACUGCAGCCCGGGAACUGGCUCCUCUCUUGGAUAAGGAUAAGGAAAGCUGCAUGGAGGAGAUCCUGAAGCUCAAAUCUUUACUCAGCACCAAGAGAGAGCAGAUAGCCACUCUUCGACUGGUGCUCAAGGCUAACAAACAGACAGCAGAAGUGGCUCUGGCCAACCUGAAGAGUAAGUAUGAGGCGGAGAAGUCCAUGGUGACUGACACCAUGACAAAGCUGAGGAACGAAUUAAAGGCCCUGAAGGAAGACGCCGCCACGUUCUCCUCUCUGCGAGCCAUGUUUGCUACCAGGUGUGAUGAGUAUGUGACCCAGCUGGAUGAGAUGCAGAGGCAGCUGGCUGCAGCCGAGGAUGAGAAGAAGACUCUGAACUCUCUCCUGCGGAUGGCCAUCCAGCAGAAACUGGCCCUCACCCAGCGUUUGGAGGACUUGGCCUUUGAUCAGGAGCAGUCCCAUCGCACCCGGGGGAGCAGGUUGACCCGUGGAAAAACCAGCACCCCCAAAGUAAGUCCCUCAACUUUGGCUACAGCCUCCAAUCCUGCUCAAGGGUCCAGUCCAGCUUUGGCCCCUGGCAGCCUCCCUUCUAUCAGCCCCACACCAGCUCUUCGCGAUGAUCCCUCUGACCCCUUUAGCCCAGCCACUGCGGCUCUGGCCUCAGCUACCACCUCCCCCACCUCACACGCAUCCUCUCACUGUCCGUCAUUACCAUCGGUUGCCUCGCUGAGUGGCCCUCCAAUGGCAGGGAGCCCCCCUUCUCUGGAGGCCCCCUCGCCUCCCUCAGCACAGACCCCACCCUCAACCCCUCUGAGGGUUUCUCACUCCCAGUGGACGGUGGGGGUGCGGACGUUUGUGGUCGACUCCCACAGUUUCAGCGCGAACAUCUCCCCUGCUCCCGCUCGCCCCUCAGGCCUAUCCAGGCACUGCACUCCAGGCACUCACACCCCUCCUCCCUCCCCCACUACCAGGCCCACCCAGCCAGGAUCUGCUCCCUCCUCUCCCUAUCGGUCCCCUGUUCUGGGUCUCAGACGGUCCACGUGGAGCCCCUCACCUCGAACUCGUCCCCUGCCCUGCAUGACACGCUCAUCCGUCCUUUACACUCCCUCCUCAUCCUCCCCUUACUCCUCCCCUUACUCCCCAUCUUCUUCCCACAGCUAUUCAUCUGCCUAUUACAGCUCCCCUUCUGCUUUCACCCCCUCUAGCUCCUACCUCACCUCUGGCACCUCCACCUCCUACAGCCAUUCCUCACACUACACGCCCCUCUAUCCCAGAUACUACAGCUCCUACAGGCCCCGGGAAUGACGCUGUACCGCAAGUCAAAGGCUACUGCACUGAGCUCAUCGUUUCUAACAAACUGCAGCCCCCAUAACGCUUCUCUUUUAUCACCUAAGAGGGGGCUCACAGAAAGGAGGACAGACUGGUUUCCGGUUUCCUAUUCCUGUGCCUAAGCCUUGGCCAGUGGGUUCUGAAUGUUCAGUGACUUUGCUCAGGGAUUAUAUGGAGCACAAACGUCCCCGCCUUCUUUUAUUCUGAGACUGCUGACUGGUUCACAGGAGGACAUUAAUGAAGACUUUCCAAGGUUUUUAGCAUUUAGAUGAAUCAGGUUGACUACACAUUGACUGGACACUUACAUGUUUAGAUGAGGCUCAUGACACAUGAAACACUGUACUCUGUAUUCAGUUUAAUACUCACAUUGAUUGGUAGUCUGUCUCAUAUCCUCUAAACUGACACAUUUUUGUUUUGAAUGUGUGUUUGAAAACAGAAGGACACAGAGGAAGCAGUGUUUUUUGCUGUGGGUCCUCUGUCCUAGACCACGGUGAAAAUCCUGAUGGCACAGAUAAUGAUGCAUAGCUUUGGCACUCAGUUACUCUCGUGGAGCCCACAGGUUGUGUGGACAAUUGUCUACAGCUGCUCGUUUUCAUUUCCUUCCCUCGCUGCAGGCCAGUGUACAUUCUUGGGACACUCCUCCCAUCAGGCUGUUGUGGUCUUCUUUGUCCAGGGUGUUGCCAUGAUAAAGCUCAUCCCUCAGUAUUUUUUGUUCAUCUCUAGCAACACCCAGUGUUCUUUUUUAUAUAUAGCCAUACACUCAGCUAUGCAUGUUCACACACGGAUGCUUUUAUGCUGCGGCUGUCCCUCCGCUUGCCUUUGAAAGGUUGGUGUAAUUCCAGUUGAAGGAUGUUUGGAAGGUUUGGGAUGGAGAAAAUCUUUUAAGAUGAACAGGAAGCUGGGAUGAGGGACCUUAAACUGUAUGAUCACCGUAUGAUCAGCUGAUACCAUAGUAUACCAUCUCAUCUCGUGUGUUCUUGUAGCCAACACACAGUUUUCUGGUUAAGUUUUUUUCCCCAAAGAUUAGAGUUUUCGUUAAAAGGAAGAAAAAGUUUCAUUUUAUUAGUUGAAGACGCCACACAUUUCUGAUUAUUCUUUUUCUGCUCAGUACUCAAGGCUGCAUCAGGCUCUCCAACCCAUCAAAUUUCAGAUUUGCCUGAAACAAUUCAAAGGGAAAGAUACACUUCUGUGUAUUUCUUUUUGUCCAUUUUUGGUCAUUUUAGUAAAAGUCAUCACAUUUCAUGGCAAAAGAACGAAAUGAAGGAUGUUUUUCCUGCUGUGAAAUGUCAAAACUGCUCAAAUUUGACCUGAACAGUAUGUGAGGGUUAAACAAUAUGAAUUAUGUGCCUUGUAUACAAGAAAUGUACAGAAUACAGCAGCCCCCCACCUUCAACACUGUGCUCUCUACAGGCCUCUAAAUCUGAUAGCAGAGACUGGACAUCCAAAUAUUUUAGAUUUUUCAAGGAUCCAUCAUUCCAAGUCCAAUUUAUAGUCUUUACCAGAUAUUUACCCUAAAAAAUGAAUAACCUAGCUUAAGUUAAUCAGUGUUCAUUCCUUAAAGGAUUUUUUUGAGAAAAUCCUUUUCUCUGCAUAUUUUUUUUUUAAGAAGCGCUGACCCAUGAACAUCAUCACAGAACACACUGCAUGUAUGGCAUGGAUAUAUAGGCAAGAGCACAUUAGCUAUUAACACAUUAGUUAGUAGAUCACUGUGUUGUUUUCUUGGAAAGCUACCAUAUCCUCCAGAACCAUCAUUGAAUUUUUUCAUGUAUUUAUUUUUCCUAAAAUCACUUUUUCUGUAAUAUGCUGUCAUAGGCACUGAGAGGAAGUCAUUAAGCAUUACUCUGACUCACUCCUGUCAUGGUAGACUUGGUUGUAAUGGCACGCCAACAGUGUAGCAUCUGUAAAAGAAUGACUGAUUUCAGCAUAGCUGAGGGCUCACCUCACCAAAGUCAGUGAACCUGACAUAUGUUAUUCAGCCUGGCACGAGUCAUCCUGGAGCUGGAUGACCUGUAGCAUCAUGGUGUGGUUUGAACUGGGAGAAGAGACUGGCUAAACUGAGUGAGUGAGUGAACUUUAAGGAAGUGUGAAAAGAAAUACGCUUGUUAAUCAAGGUUGAUAUCUUUUUUGAAACUGGCCUCUUGUGUAACCACUUCUUUGUGCUUGAUUGACAGAUGAUGUGAAGCUUCUUGUGAUGUGAGUCUAUUGACAGUUAUUUUGAAAGAUGCUUGAUGGGCCUUAAAAAUUCUGUUACACCUGAUAUCCCAGCAGGAACCAGCUGCACGGUACUUACAGUUUAGCCUGCUCUGGCAGAUUGCCUUCACCUGGACACAAACAGAUAAUGUGCUUCCUUUUACAUGUUACUCCUCCUGUACCUCAGGCUAAAAUGCUGUUCUUUAUGUAUUUGUCUUUGGCUUGGAUUACUUUUAGUCAUAAUACUUUUUUUGGUCUGGAUACUGUUCGUGCAAAAAAUCUGGAGCCAAAAUGAUCAACUUUGUGUGGCCUGUCACUUGCUUUUUAGAUUUAAUUGAUACUAAAAACAGUCAAAAAAAUAAAUAAAUAAACUAUUUGUUUGUUGCAAUGCCAUUCAUUGACAAAGCGCAGAGCCAAAUAAACCAAGGAGCACCCCUGGGGUGUCAGGCCUUCAGCACACGCACCAGCAGACUCCCUUCUUUGGAGCGAGGGUGUCUGAGUCCUCAUGUCUUUGUUACUUAACCAUAAUGUACAACAAAAUGUGUCGUGCACUAGCAUACACACUGAGUAUUCACACGCUCAUUAGACUGACUCACAGUCACAGCUUGGCCUUUCCUGUGCGGUCAGCACCCUUCUACAGACACCUGCCCUCAGUAUUGUUAGUCUCUUCUGCCCAUUGACUGUAUGACAGCCUCCCUGUAAGGCCAGUUUACUGUGCUGGGAUUAGCAUACAGGGCUCACAAAAUAGAGACACAGCUUCCUGAGGUCAGUUCUUCAGGCACAGGGUCACACAGAGGUCACUCACUAAGGCACACAAUAACAGUAAUGUUUCCACACUGGUUACAUGUAGCAGAUUAAGAGAACGUCAAAUCUUAUCGAGUGAGAUUAACAUUAAAUGAGGUAAACUAAGAAUUAUUCUCAGUGUAUACAAUCUUUAAUCACCACUGACAUACUAUCAAAAGGA